AUGCUAAAGCAAAAUGAAAUGGUUGAAACCAUGAAGCUAUGUGUUUGGUUAUUAUUUAUAACAACGUUGUGUGAAUGUAUUAGUGAAGACUAUUUUCUUUAUAAAGAGAAACAAAAUACGCCAAAUCUAAAUAAAAAUGAAUCUGUUUCCAAACCAAUCCAAGAAGAACAACUAUUGUUUAAAGCUAUGCUACGAUCAAAUACCUCGGAAUCGUCUAUUGCGCACGUAACUGCUUUUACUAAAAGAUCGCUCAUAAAUAAUUAUGAUGAUUAUAGGGAUUCUGCUACCAAUGAAAAUAUUGGAAAUAUGAUUGUAGGUAAACGGAUUUUUGGAACUGACUAUGUCGAUAACAGUGAUACAUAUGACGGAUUGUUAGAAAAGGGACCGAGCGUCUCAAAAGCAAAUAUAUAUUUGGAUAUUUUAAAAGAUUAUGUGUACCAAUAUAACGAGCCAGUUACCGUACGUCAAAUUCUACGUCAACAAAAAGACAAGUUCAAAAAUGAUUUAUUAAAGUCCAAUAAAACCACUGAAACAAAUAUUAGUAAAUCGGACUACGUAACAAGUGAAAAGUUAGUGGUAGAUUUUUAUAACUUGCAACCUGCAACCCCUCCAAAUGAGACAGAAAACGAAGAGACUGGCAAAUUGGGUUAUUACUAUGAUAUCCAAAAGUAUGUUAACGAUAGUGUCUGGUAUGUACCAGAAAAUUUACCAUGCUGGGAUCUACCUAUCCUAUAUGCUGAAUUGGGACAAAAAAAGAAAGAGGGAGUGUUUCUUACAUACGGUGGUAGCCUUAAAAAUGUUGUUGAAAAAUAUGAAGCCGAAAAAUUAGCCAACAAGAAGUUUAAUAUACCAAUCUCGCAAAUUCUCAAUAAAUGGUGUGCUUCAGAUCCCUGCUACGGCGAUCACACGCUUUGUCUAUUCUCAGAUUCGACCAAUUCAAAACUAUGCGUUUCGGGUUACGAAGUAUUAUCUCCAUCUAUGGGGGAACGUAUAGCAUUAGUGAAUACAGUGAAUUCAAUGCGAAACCGUAUUGCUACAGGAGUGACAGAUUUAUACAAACAUUUACCUACGGCAACAGAUAUGAAUCAGCUGAUCUACGACUUUGAUUUGCAGACCAUGGCAGAAGCCUGGUUGCGUCAAUGUCUACCAGGUCCCAGUACUUGUUCAUCCCUCGAAGGAAAUUAUGUUGCACAACUUGAGUGCACUAAAUAUACAGACCUAUGCUGCACAAAAUCUUACAAAACUGUAGUGGGAUCUAAAUGCAUACCACAUCGUGAAUGUUUCAUAGACCCCCUAAUUGGCUGUAUACAUUCGUGGUUCCGAAGCGGUGUUGAAUUAACUGCUACUGAUAUAGACUGCGGUCAUAUAACGCCAACUACUUACAACACUGUGCAGUUAAUAUGGGCGGAGACGAAUAAAAUUGGUUGUGCGUAUGGUAAGAGCCCGUGGGGAGACGUGCGAGUUGUGUGCACCUUUGCACCGGGUGCACCAUUUACUAUUUAUACUAAAUCUUUUUGUGGAUUCAUUCUUCAUAAAGAAAUGAUGGAGGUCCAAAAUGGCAAAAAUAGUAUACCACAUUAUUUAUCGAGCCUCGGCAUUCACUUGCACAAAAUCCAAACUCCUACUUCAGAUAAUGAACAAACUAAUCAUAAGCUCUAUAAUGAUUCACUUAGAUUUUCAGAUAUAGAUACUUUAAGCAAAAUCUAUACGCGAAGAUGGGUUAGAAAGCAACUGCAGGAAUUUAGUAAUGGGACAUUAGGGCUAACAGCUCGACUAGUUACGAAAUAUACUUUUGGAGGAGACAACGGCCCACAAUGCGAUACAAGUAAACAUAUUUAUGAAAUUGGUGAGCCUGGGUCAUUGUGUGUAGAGAAAGGAAGACGUUUCAACGGCCUAUGUUAUGAUUUUCGAGACCCAACGCCUGGUUACAGAGCAGUAUCCGUCUUGGCCCCCAUUGCCCUAUUUACACUGAUCUUGUAUGAUCUAUUCAGUGGUGCUGUAAGACAGACCAAUUAUUGA